GGCACUGAUGGCGGCAUGAUGGGCACUGAUAGGCAGCACAAGGGCACUGAUAGGCAGUAACUAAUGAGCGGGGGAUCUCUCCACCAGGGGUGGACUGACAACUCAUGGGGCCCCCGGGCAAUAGGGGAUCAUGGGGUCUCUGUAUCCUUGCCCAAACUCAAAAAAGCCUAUGAAAAAGGUACCAGGGGCAUCCCAUGGGGCCCCCUACUGACCCCGGGCCCUCGGGCAGUGCCCGAGUUUCCAAAUGGUCAGUCCGCCCCU